AUGCUCAGGACUUCAAAAAUCAAUUUUUUUAGAAACUACACUCGUUUUGGAGGCCUACAACCGGUCAAUUACGAUCAAGAUGCUACGUAUAUACAAAACACAAAAAUCGACGCCGAUAUCGUCAUUAUCGAAGCAGUAGAAAUUCUAACCUUCCGCUCACCUUUUGACGCAAAAUGGGGAUUCAGCGUAGAAAGCAGGACCCACGUAGAGAUCCGAAAUCGCACCAUGCAUUAUGUGAAGAAGUACUGUAAUGCAGACAACCAAACUGUAUCACAGUGUGCUGCGCAAACAUUCGGAGCUGUAUCUGUUGGAAAGAAAAGAUACAAUAAAGUAGUGUUAGGAAGAUCGAAUAAGGAAAAUAAGUGUGCUGCGCAAACAUUCGGAGCUGUAUCUGUCGGAAAGAAAAGAUACAAUAAAGUGGUGUUGGGAAGACCGAAUAAGGAAAAUAAGUUCGCAAAACUGGUCGAGGAAUACCGUAAUCAUUUGUACGAUAUGGGCGAGACGCAUACUUGCGAAAAACACUCGUCAAUGUUCGCCCAUAUCGUUCAAGAGGCUAGACAUGCUAGUGAACAGGAUUGGAAAACGGUGAUAAUGCAUCCGGAGAAUGAGCCA